AUGGCACAGCUACCUCAACCAGCGGUAGCCAUACCGGACAACAUCUUCAGUGGCACACUGCGAGACACUGUGUUGAAAAAACCUGGAAGAGCAAACAACAGCUACUCGGAAGAUGUGCGCAAGUUUGCCUUGACACUGCAUUUCUUUUCGGCCAAAGCUUACAAAUUCCUGCGCAAGCAUGUGAAACUGCCUCACCCCUGUGCACUUCGGAAAUGGGCAGCCAUGAUCGGUGCGAAGCCGGGCUUCACCAAAGGGUGCUUUGAAAAAGUCUUCCAGGAAGCUCAGAAAGGACUUCUCCUCAUCAGCCUGAUGGUGGAUGAGAUUAGUAUAAAGAAGCAAGCGGACUGCGAAAGCAAGAGAGUCGUAGGCUACUGCGACCUGGGCCAUGGCAUCCUCAAAGACGAUUGCAAUGCAUAUGCGAAGCACGCGCUUGUUUUCCUGGCAGUUGCCGUCAACCGCAACUGGAAGGUACCUCUGGGAUAG